AUGCACUCGAUUUUCUCUCCGUUUGAUCUCCCAGACGGUAUCGUCUUGUUGCUAUUAGAUGAACUCGCAGCUCCAGCAGAUUUUAUCUUGCAUCGCACUCUCGGGGCACACCUCAAAGCGGGACUUGUUUCCGGACGGGUCAAACCGAAAUCUGUUAUACUCUCGGUAUCGGAGGGUAUAACGAGGUGGAAAGCCCUAGCAAUGAAAUCGAACAUCAACCUCCAAACGCAUCUUGAUGCAGGGACGCUCGAGUUCAUAGAAUUGUUGUCUUGCGUGGAGCCUGGCACGGAAGCCAACCUACGAAGAGUCUUCGACCGCGUCCUCUCAGCUCUCGAGAAUUCGUCGCCUUCUCAGCAGCGGCCUCUCAUCAUUCUGGACGACAUAUCGGUAUUGGAGUGGAUCGGCUUUUCACUCACAUCUGUACAGCGCUUCAUACGAGCCCUGAGGUCCCUGGCACUGAAGGCGAAUGCGACGCUCCUCAUUCGACAUCAUGUGGUGACGCCGAACGAGCCCGACGAGCUCCUUCGACACUUGCUGCAGAUUUGCACGUAUCAUCUUGAAGUGAGACCACUUGCCAGUGGGAGAAGCGGUGCUGUCAGUGGGGAGCCUCCUAAAGCAAAGACUGGAUCAAGCAAGAAGCCUGCUGCUGCCCCCUUCGGUGCUGGCAAGUCAACCAAGGCUAAGAAGAACCCUCUCUUCGAGGCCACCCCCAAGAACUUCGGCAUUGGCCAGGAUAUCCGCCCCAAGACCGACCUAACCCGCUUCGUCAAAUGGCCCGAGUAUGUCCGCCUUCAGCGCCAGAAGGUUAUCCUACACCAACGCCUCAAGGUCCCUCCCGCCAUCGCCCAAUUCUCCCACACCCUCGACAAGAACACCGCUACCCAGCUGUUCAAGCUCCUCAACAAGUACCGCCCUGAGAGCAAGCAGGAGAAGAAGGCUCGUCUCGAGGCCGCCGCUGCCGCCGCCACUGAGGGUAAGGACAAGGAUGCUAAGGACUCAAAGAAGCCUCUGUUCGUCAAGUACGGUCUCAACCACAUCGUUGCCCUCAUCGAGGCCAAGAAGGCUUCCCUCGUCGUCAUCGCCCACGACGUCGACCCCAUCGAGCUUGUCGUCUUCCUGCCGGCCCUGUGCCGCAAGAUGGGUGUCCCCUAUGUGAUCGUCAAGGGCAAGGCCCGUCUCGGCACCGUCGUCCACAAAAAGACCUCCGCUGUCCUCGCGGUCCAGGAAGUUAGGAGUGAGGAUCAGCGUGACCUCGCCACCCUCAUUAGCGCCGCCAAGGCCAACUUCACCGACAAGUACGACGAGGCUCGUCGCCAAUGGGGUGGAGGAAUUCGUGGCACCAAGUCCACCCAGAUGCUCCGCAAGCGCGCUAAGGCUGCCGGUCAGAGCACCACCAACCCUGCUCUUGGCAAGCUCUAA